ACCAUACCAGAUUCUUCUCUCCUUGAAGUUCUCAAUCAAUGGUGGCUUCGUUUCUUCACUCCUGGAUUUUCGACUUCAUUCGCUACUGAAAACUUGCGUACUACGCCAUUGCGGUUUUUGGAGAGCUUUUUUGAACUCUGUGAUUGUUGAAGCUUUGAAAGGAGUGGAAACAGGUUUCCUCCAAUUCCAUCAAUAUUUGGGUGUUCCAAUGUCUUCGAAAGAGAAAAUUGUCAAGGCAUUGAGUGCAACAAGAUCAAUAGGAAUUCCUGAUGACCAAGUAAAACCAAUUUUGAGGGAUCUGCUAAAGACGUAUGAUGGAAACUGGAAGCUCAUUGAAGAAGACAAUUAUCGCACCUUAGUAGAUGCAUAUUUUGAGCACAAGGAAAAUGAGGAAUUAGAAGGAAAGAGAGGCGGUCUUAUGCAUGACCAAAAGUCUCCAAUUUCUCUAAAAAGACCACGUGAAGGAGAACAACAGAAUCAGGCUUUGUCCACCAUUGGUAGCUCAAGCCAUAGAUCAGUUGUGAGGGAGGAUAAAAUGUCUGAAGUAAAUGCUGGACAGGAAACUACGAAGUCGACUCAACAUGGUAUAGUCAUUAGGCCCAGUGAAAAUUUGUCAUCAGUGAAACCCAUUUCAGCAAUUCAUCCAGAUAAGAAUGCAUUUACAAAUGGUAACAUGGAAUGCAAUUCCUACCAGAUUUGCUCAAGUUCUUCUCAGUGUGCGAGGCCACUGAGUACUGCACCUUUUCAAGAUCAAUGCAGCAGUUAUAUUAGCAAGUGUUCAACUUCUUCUGAGCACGUGAGGCCAAUUACUCGUGAUCAACAUAAUAAAAGAAAUAAAAGCCAUGCUUUGUAUAAUAUGUAUGACUUGACAAAGGGUGCAGAGAAAGUUAAAAUAUCUUGGGUUAAUGAAUUAGGAAAUGAGUCUAUCCCUAAGUUCAAUUACAUACCAAACAACAUAAUUUUUCAAAAUGCCAAUGUCAGCAUUUCAAUGGCUCGGAUUUCAGAGGACGAAUGCUGUUCAAGUUGCUCAGGUGAUUGCCUUUCAUCAUCUUAUCCAUGUGCUUGUGCUCGAGAAACUGGCGGGGAUUUUGCUUAUACACAAGAAGGUCUACUGAAAGAAGAAUUUCUGAAUCAAUGUAUGUCUAUGGGAUGCGAGCCUAAGAAGGAACAUCUUUUUUAUUGUGAAGAUUGCCCAAUCGAGAGGUCAAAGAAUGACUGGAAGCCUGAGCGGUGCAAGGGUCAUUUGCUCAGGAAGUUUAUCAAAGAAUGCUGGAGCAAAUGUGGAUGUGACAUGCAAUGUGGAAAUCGAGUCGUGCAACGAGGUAUUUCAUGCACAUUGCAGGUUUUCUUCACUCGCGAAGGAAAAGGAUGGGGUCUCAGAACUCUAAAUAACUUACCAAAAGGGUCUUUUGUCUGUGAGUACGUUGGUGAAGUACUGACGAAUACGGAGUUGUAUGAUCGAAAUAUGCAGAGAACUGGCAAUGAGAGGCAUACAUAUCCAGUAACUCUUGAUGCGGACUGGGGCUCAGAGGGAGUUUUAGAGGAUGACGAGUUACUCUGUUUGGAUGCAACUUAUUAUGGAAAUGUUGCAAGAUUUAUCAACCACAGAUGCUCUGAUGCAAAUCUGAUCGACAUUCCUGUUGAAGUCGAAACCCCCGAUCACCACUAUUAUCAUCUUGCUUUUUUUACCAGCAGGGAAGUGAAAGCUUUGGAAGAGCUUACAUGGGACUAUGCAAUUGACUUUGACGAUGAAGAUCAUCCUGUGAAGGCAUUUGAAUGCUGUUGUGGAAGUGGGUUUUGUCGAGAUUCGAAGAAGAAACACAAGGAAGCACUUUUAUAGGUUGCAGGUUGAGUGGAGCAAUAAACGAGGAAUAAAAAGGCGAUCAAUCCUUCAUCUUGGAUGACUUUUUUGGUUCAUCAGAAAUUUUCCCAGGUGAUGGAUGGCCUGCAACAACUAUAGCAAGAAUGAGAAACUACUGUAUAGGUCUGUUCUAGGAGCAUGGGUAUAUCAAUAUUUUAUUUCUCAACUACAACUCUGUACAGUUUUUCUUUACUUUCACGUCCUACUUUUAAAACACUUUAAUGCGUUUUCUUGUAAUUUCAUCUAUUGAGCUAGUUAAA